AUGGCCUGGCGCCCAGAUCAUCCUGUGAUGCUUCCCAAUGGUCGCCUCGUCUGCAGCACACGCGGACUUGUAAUUUGUCAUUACUGUACCGUGGACUACAGCUUCAUGGACGAGUCAGAGACUGUACGGAUGAUGAUACGGAGGAUUCCAAUCAAGAUGGCCCCCCCUCUCAAUGUGUUCGCUGCUGGCCCAGAGCGCAGAGUCGGCACGAAACGCACCUUCCCCACCAAGUUCAAACCCCCAAAUCAAAGUGACACGCCCGAGUCGCUUUUCCCACUCGGCAGAUCUGAGAUGGCUAGUCCACCUGUAUACCGAUUCAUUCAUCGGAACGACAACAACCAAUUCCUGAUAUACACAGAUGGCGCGUGCUUAGACAACGGUGGUGUAAACCCAAGAGCCGGUUGUUCUUUCGUUUACAGGAAUUCUACGUCGGACCCUCAAGUCUGUGGCUAUGUAGACUUCCCGCUCGAAAAACAGGGUCCCACGGGUAUUCAGCAACCGCAAACAAGCAAUCGCGCUGAAUUGCGCGCUGUCAUUGCGGCUUUACGAUUUCGAUACUGGCUUGGCGAAGGUUGUACGUGCCUCGUCAUUGCGACUGAUUCUGAGUAUGUGGUAGAGGGGAUAACGAAAUGGGUCAAAGGAUGGAUACGGAACAACUGGAAAACGAAAGUGGGAGCACCGGUCAAAAACCAGGACCUUUGGAAAUGUUUACUCGGGGAGGUAAAACGGCGAAACGAGGAAGGAAUGCAGAUUCAGUUCUGGCGUAUUCCAAGAGAAUGGAAUACAGAGGCGGACCAGCGGGCUAAAGAAGCUGCCAAUAAGGCUGCAUCUCAGAAAUUUGAAGACAUCCUCGGCCUCCUGGUUUGA